AUGGCCUCAGAGGACCUCAGGAAGCGUGCUCGGGAUUUGGCGGCCACCGUCAGGGGCGCGAUGGAGGAAGACGGCGAGUCUCAGCUCGAGCUCGACUCGUUCAUCGCGCAUAUUAAUAGGAAGGGUGGUGAGUUGUCAAAUAUUUCAGGGGACGGGAGGCUGCCCAGGGAAGCUCUGAUGAAAAUCUGUGUGAAGAAGCCCGAUAUGAGCUCGAUCUUGCAGUUUGAUUGUGUGGCCUCCAAUAGAGGAGAGCUCGAUUUCGACAUUCAGAAUGCUCAUUGCAUAUCGUCCUCUAAAUCCUUUGAUUCCUCAACAUAUAGAGGACCCUUGUUCAGUGAUUUGGACCCGUCUUUGCAAAAUGGGCUGAGACAAUACUUAGCUGCUAGAGGCAUAGAAAAGAACUUUGCAAACUCACUCCUUAUCCAUCUGCACAAUAAGGAGCACGGUCAAUACAUGAACUGGUUGCAAAAACUGACGAAUAUGAUGAUGAAAAACGAGUAG